CACCUGACCUGCUCCGCCGUGACAGACAGUCGCGACCGGUCUCGAGUGCUCGGAGGCGGGGCGGCUCACCUGGUCCCAGGGAGGCUCCGGCACCCGGUCCAGGGCGGCCUGCGGCUCCCUAUUACGCUGGGUGGGGGGCCAACGGGCCGGAACCGUCAGCGGCCCCGGCUGCUUCGGGGAUCACCUCGGGGACUCCUGUCACCGGCCCCCGCAGGCUGCAUGGCGGUGAUCAGUCUUGAUGAUUCUGGAACAUCGGUCUUCCAUGAAAUAGCUUGUUGACCUGAAAGGUGUAACAAUAACCACAUCAGAAUGGAUAACUAUCCUAGUCACUCCAAGGAUACCAAUGGAAAAUAUAGGUCAGAAGACCAGUCUGUAGUCAGCAGAAUGCAGAAAAAAUACUGGAAGACAAAGCAAGUCCUAAUCAAAGUUACAGGAAAGAAAGAAGACGAGCAUGUGGUUGCAUCUGAUGCAGAGCUGGAUGCCAAACUGGAGGUAAACGUUUUUCACUGCAUUCAGGCAAGCUGUAUAGAUCUUCUAAAGACUAUUGAGAAAUACCAGCAGAGACUCAAUGUUACGUCUGACGAGGAAAAUGAGCUAGGGCUCCUUUUAAAGGUUCAAGGAGAGCAAGAUGCUACUAAAGCUGGCAAAAUGAUGGAAGCCACUGGAAAGACCCUCUGUUCUUCUGCUCAACAAAGGGUAGCCCUUUGUACCCCCUUGUCUCGCCUUGGGCAGGAAUUGGCAACAUUCAGUCACAGGGCUGUGUCUGAUACCUUGUUAACAAUUGAUCGUAUGGAGCAGGCCCGCAUAGAAUACAGAGGGGCCUUGCUGUGGAUGAAGGAUGUGUCCCAAGAACUGGAUCCUGACACCUGCAAGCAAAUGGAGAAGUUCAGAAAAGUGCAGACACAAGUGAAAAAUACCAAAGCCCAAUUUGACAAGUUGAAAAUGGAUGUCUGUCAGAAGGUGGAUCUACUUGGAGCUAGUCGCUGCAAUAUGUUGUCUCAUUACCUUGCUAUCUAUCAGAUAACCCUUUUGCACUUCUGCAAGAAGACAGCAGGACUGAUGUCCAAAAUCCAUGAGGAGUUCAUAGGUGUCCACCCAUAUCACUGUGUUGCACCUGAGCAACCACAGGAGCCUUCCCUAAACAAUCCCACUGAAGAACAUAAAGAGAAGAUAGAGAAAGAAACCAUCAGUGCAAACCUUGAUAAAAUCAGGUUAAAUUUGUUGGAUGAGGAAACUUCUGUCCAUUUGGAAAGUGAAGCAGUUUCAAGCAAUCUGCUGGUAGAUUCUUUGGAAGGAGAAGAUUUUGACAAAGAGCUGUCAUUCCUGGAUAACAUACUGAGUCCCUAUUCUGCAAGUGCUGGAGAGAUCGUCCAGGAAUGUCAAAAUGUUUUUGGGAGUCCUCAUACCAGUCUCCUUUCACAGAAUCCUGCUACAGAUUCAGAACCUCUGCCUAGUUCAUCUGGAUUCCUACCUUCACAGCUCUUUGACCUUGGCCUUCAUGCUGCUGGAAGCUUCAGUAGCUGGACAUCUCACUCAGAAUCUGUGCAGUCUCUUACCCACUCACUGCCUGGUAAUCAGCCAUUCCUUUCACACAGCACUCCAAAGACACCACCACCAUCUAUGGCGAGCAGUAACCAAGAUAUGUCAGCCUGGUUCAGUCUGUUUGCAGACCUGGAUCCCCUUUCAAAUCCAGAUGCCAUUGGGCGCUCAGAUGAUGAACUCCUCAAUGCUUGACUACAGUUACCCAAUGGGCAAGCUCUUAUUAUGUCUCACGACAGCGGCCUUAAAAUACAGAACCUUACUUCCUCAUGCUUUUCAAGAGAGGAUUUCAGAUUCUAAUCCAGACAUCGAAACAACAUCGAAACUGUAAUCAUAAUGUCAGACAGUAUAGUCCCAAACUACAGAGAAAGUAUUAAGGGUGCUGUUGAGAGCAUUAGAGGAAAGUCACUUUAUCUUUGAUGCCUUGGUUUUAUGGCUAUUUUCAAUGUUGUAUGAAAAUAUGGCGAGCUGUUCAGGAUCAACACUGAAAAGGCUCAGUUUCAUCAAGACAAAAUUACAAGACAAGCAAAGCUAGAUCAAACUAGUUACUUUUCUGCAUGCCCCUUCCCCUCAAAAAAAGAGUUACCUUACGUCAAUGUGAAGAUGUUAAUUUCCUGAAAAUACUUCCGGACAGAUAGUACCUUGGCUCUUUCACAGGACCUUCAUUAACCCUCAGGAAGAUUGCACAUCUCAGGCCAGACCCUCUAAUCUGGCCAAUUAGAGGCAAGACUAAUGGGGAGGGCGCAGAAGUGGUUUUACAUUGUCUUUGUGGACUAAUGGGGAGGGAGCAGAGGUGGUUUUACGUUGUCUUUGUGACUUCCUGAUCCUGGGGAAAGGCAUGGGCACGUUUGGCUCCCAGCACAACUUUGAACAGCCUCAGGGCUACUCUAAAUUGCACUAAGCUGCCUGUGGUUCCAAGGGCCAGAGCACAGGAGUAGUCCAGUCACAUCCACUUUUUACAGGCUAUUCCCUCUCUGGUAGGCCAGGAAAGACAGAGCCAGUAGACUAGCUGUGAGAGAGCUGAGAGGAUCCCUGGGUACCUGGUUAAACUGGCUUUACAGCCACUUUGCACUGACAGAGCAGCACAAAAGGCCGGUACCACAGGCAGGACACAGCCUAUUCAUUCAAUUAGCCUUAGACAAGAAAGCACAGGCCAAAUUCUGCCUUUGUUUGCAACUGCAGGUACUUUAGAGGGGCUGCAGAGAUGGUAAUCACAGCUGAAACUGGCUUACAGUAUAUGCCAUUAGAGUAGCAGUUAUUCUAACAAGGAGCCAUUUUAUUCAUCAGUUACAGAAGCUGUAAAACUAUAAACCAGGUAGAGAUGCGGAAGAAUUACCCAGCUACUCCUCUGUAGAGGUAGAAUUUUUCAUUGUAUUGUUAAAUAGAAUAAGUAUUUUGUUAAAAAGGGAACAAGUAGAGCUCACCUCUACAUUUUGAUCCUUUUGUGAGUGGGAGAGAUUUAACACCUCAUUACAUGAUCACCUGCAGCAUGUUGGAGAACUCACUCCCCCACAUGUACAGUAACUUCUUCUAAUUUUUUUAUUUUGAAUUAUAAAUUAAAUCUUGUUGGGCAAGUUUGUAUCUUUUUACCUUCAUGCUGUUUGCAUGCUCUUCAGGUUGCUGGGAGCGGUUUACUGUGAUUCAACAAGUUUCUUAAAGAGGAGUGUUAAUGGAUUGGCAGAAUUAUGGUAUGAUGUAAAUCUUGUUGUAAUUAGGUGAGUGGAUGAUGUGUGAUUCAGGUGCAUGAGUGUACCUGCCCCCAUCCCAGUUUGGCGGUGGUAGGGUCAUAACUAAAGCCAGGUACCUGGUGUGGGGUCAGAUUAGCCCCAGACAGAUAGGGCUGUUCAUUAAGACAUAACCCUCAAGUUCCCCAAGACUCUUUGCAAGCCACAAUGGAGGCCCUAAUUUUCUUCUUAGUGCAAGACAAGGGAUUCUUGGUAUUUGUGACUGACACCCCCCAAAUUCUAGCAAAUCAUGCUACCCUCAGCUCUGGAUCACAAAGACACAGCAACAAGGUUGCUGCGGGGGAUAGAAGAAACCUCUCUACAAGCCCAUUUAACACAUUGUUCAAAUAGACACUCACUGC